CAACCCGAUUCGUGACACUGUUUCACGAGGCAGAGUUAAAUAGUAAAGCGCAAAUUUCAGUCGAUACGAAGGUGCAGAGCACAGAUUAGAUUUCAGGACUCGGAGAGUAGGGUUUGGUGAGAAUUUUGAUUGUCGUAAUUGGAAUCAAGCCCAUCAGCUCAUCAUGAGUCUUGAGAAGGAGAUUUUGAAGACCGGAAACGGAAUCACGCCACGCGCUGGGCAGUAUGUGACUGUGCACUGCACAGGCUACGGGAAGAAUCGCGACCUGUCGAAGAAGUUUUGGAGCACCAAGGAUCCGGGGCAACAGACGUUCAAGUUUUGCAUCGGUCAGAAGAGUGUGAUUGCCGGAUGGGACGAAGGAGUGAUGGGCAUGUCAAUCGGAGAGAUCGCGAGGUUGAAGUGCCCGCCCAGAUACGCCUACGGUGCUUCGGGAUUUCCUGCCUGGGGUAUCGAGCCCAAUUCAGUCCUUGUUUUCGAGAUUGAGCUGCUGGAGAUCACCGACCGCUGAUGAUAGACAGCUCGGGAGGAAUUGCUAAGUUUCUUCUCGCUUCCUGAAGCAUCAACCGUUCUGGCGGUCAGAAGUUGCCGUCUACGGUGCUGCCUUCGGUGCUCCACGAAGAUACGGACGUUCCACACGUCUGAGAAAUCAGGAUCAUGUUGUUGAGAAAUUAGGGCAAUUGCCGAACCAUUUGUGGAGAUUGCCACACGCCACGCGUACUGAUUUCUCAUGUCACUGUUCUCAUGAUGAAUAAGAUCACGGUUCCCUCGAUCAGGUCGAGAGCAUCCGCUCCUCUUCAUAGCAUGGGAUGAUUGACCGUAUUCGCCCUGUGAUCUUUGUCCCUUUGACCGUGAAUUGUUGAUUUGAUUUUA